CUGACCGCCUUCCAAUCCACACUUGCACUGCCAGAGAUGGGGCAUAGGCUGAAGUGGCGAGCGACAGUCACAACUAAAAACAGCUUUUGAAAAGGAUACGAAGACAAGCGCAUUUCCCGCUCAGAACACAUGUGGACAGUAUGGACUUGCUACUUUUUACUUCAGCCAGUUAGGAGGAUCUUACAACUUUGCCCCUGGGAAAUCUAUCAGGUGGACCCGCGGUCUCGGGGACUCAUUUUAUUCCCAUCGGCUGCCAGGGAAGUAGCAUGGGAAAUCAGGUAGAUAAACUGUCACAUUUAAGUUAUGCCGAAGUUCCAACCACGGACCCGAAUGGUUUGGACACGGAGGAGGACGGUCCAAGGAUUGGGGUAUCUUAUAUUUUUUCAAACGAUGAUGAUGAGUUGGAAGACAAUGUCGAUGGAGCACACCUAGACCAUAACCAGGAAGAGAAACAUUAUGACAAGUGCAACGAAGUAGAAUGUGCCAUCUACCACAGAGACGAAUGUAUCUACGAGAAAAGUAUCAUAGCUAUAGAAUUGGAAACCUACUCGCCUGAGAAUUUACUGAACAAAUGUAAAGCGGGUGACCUGCUGGAGUUCGUGGCAACUAGCCAGUAUCCCCACUGGGCUGUCUACGUCGGGGACUUUCAGGUGGUUCACCUGCACAGGGCGGAGGUGAAGAACAGUGUUCUGACUGAUGCGAGUCAGGGCAGAAGGGGUCGGAUUGUAAACGAUUUCUACAAAUUCAAACAACUUAGUCCUGAAAUGGUUGUACAGAACGCCAUGGAACAGGUGGGCGCCAAAGACAUGGAACUGAGUUGGAGAAAUUCCGAAUGUUUUGCUGCUUGGUGCAAAUUUGGUAAGCGUGAAUUUAAAAUGGGAGGUGAGAUACGAAUCGGAAAGCAGCCUUAUCGUUUAAAAAUAAUCUUGCCGGAAAAACAAUCGCAUGUACUCGAAUUCCAGAGUCUGGAAGACCUGAUCAUGGAGAAGAGGAGGAAUGACCAGAUUGGAAAGGUUGCUAUGAUUCAGGAGCUGGCCAAUCAUCUCAACAAUGUCGGGAGUAUCAGGAGAGAGCCAAGCCCACACUGAUGCAGUCAAUAGGGGUAACCUGUUGUGAUCAUUCCCAUUAAUACAACCUGCUGGAUGUUUUUUUUUAAUCAUUUUAAUGGGAAACAACCGAUUACAAAUAGGAUCUGUUCAUUUAAACAAGAAACGGACAAGCUUUGUGAUCCACAGCCUGAUAAAUGGCCGUGAGGAUGGAUACACAGCGGAUUAUCCUGGUUGAAGUAUACAAUAAUAACAAUCUGAUGUUAUAAACAUUGUGAAAGCUAUUGAAAUUAAGCAAAACAAACUAUGUUUAUUUGGUUCUAUUAUUUAUGGCUCAGUUUUAAGUAGGUUUGAACUAAAAAUGAUUCAGGUUAAACACUUUAAGUGUGAGUCAAAAAUGCCUGUUGGUUGUAGUCUGUGGAAGUCUAUCUGCAACAGUUCAUUUCCUGUUUAACUUUUUCCACUGUGGCUUUCAGUUUCUGUGAAAACCAACGUAACUGACAAAAUCAUGAGGGUGUACAAUCAACAAGUAGUCUUUUUCAGGGCAUUUGUAAGCCACAACAUAGUGUGACAAUAAACCGAGGGAACUAAAUGAGUUA